CUUCCACUCUUUACAUGAUGGGACGUCUGAAAGGUCAGUCAGCUUCACACUCUCUGACUUGGAUGAUCCAUACACAGAGCCAAAUCUCCCUAUAGACAGCAUCUUGUCGGACCUUACCCAAUGAUAUAAGCCAGGACUCCAAGCUGGAUCAGGCGGCACACGACCCCCACCCUUCUGUUGCGCACCAGCACCUGCCGUGGGGUCUCGUACUCAAAGAAGAAGUCGGAGAUGGCGUUGGUGAUUUGCUCUUUCAUCUUCUCAGAGGAGGGUCUCCUCGUCUGAACAAAAUCCCCCUCAGACUCCUCCGCUGGUCUGUGCCUGGUUCCUCACUGAUGCCAAAGGUGCUCUGCCUCCUCCUUAGUGAGCGUCUGCUGUCCGACAGUUCGCUGCUGAGGCAAAGCGAUGACGUCACAAGUAGGCGCCGGAUGAAACCACGUGGGACGUCUGUCGCAGAAAAACAACCAGGAGGCAGUCGCCAAAGGAGCAUGAGGAUAUCACUCUUUAUUUCGUACUAAAACCGAACAACAUCGACAACCCCUGUUUAUUUCUCAUCGUGACUUUCUUCGGACAAUGCCCUAUGACCCCGACACUCCACCGGCUAAAAAGUUCAAGCCGGGAUCCGUCUUUUUUCGCCUGGACAAGCAGAAACCGGGAAUGCUGCUGCCUCGGAAGGGGAAUGCGACGACUCCCAUCGAGGUCCAAAGGAAGCAGCUACCUAUCUACCAGGCGAAGGUCCAGCUGCUGGCCCAGCUGAGGCAGCUGCACACCGCCAUCCUCAUCGGGGAGACCGGGUCGGGGAAGACCACCCAGAUCCCUCAGUAUUUGUUCGAAGCUGGUAUCGGACGUCAGGGUUUAGUGGCGAUCACACAGCCUCGGAGAGUCGCUGCCAUCUCUCUGGCAGGAAGAGUCGCCGAGGAGAAGAAGACUCAGCUGGGCAAACUGGUUGGCUACACUGUGCGUUUUGAAGAUGUCACCUCACCAGAGACAAAGCUGAAGUUCAUGACGGAUGGGAUGCUUCUGCGGGAGGCCAUCGGUGAUCCCUUGCUGCUGCGCUACACCGUCGUGGUGCUGGACGAGGCCCACGAACGCACCGUGCACACUGAUGUGCUUUUUGGAGUCGUGAAGACUGCUCAACGCAAACGAAGGGAGCUCGAGAAGAUUCCUCUUAAGGUGAUCAUAAUGUCAGCUACCAUGGACGUGGACCUUUUCUCUGAGUACUUCAACAAGUCUCCGGUUCUUUACCUGGAGGGCCGCCAGCACCCCAUCCAGAUCUACUACACCAAACAGCCGCAGUCCGACUACCUGCAGGCAGCUCUGGUCUCCAUCUUUCAGAUUCACCAGGAGGCGCCUCCUUCCCAUGACAUCUUGGUCUUCAUGACGGGCCAGGAGGAGAUCGAAGCUCUUGCUAGGACAUGUAGAGACAUCGCCAAGCAUCUGCCUGACGGCUCUGGUCCCAUGGUGGUCAUCCCUCUGUACGCAUCGCUGCCACCUGCUCAGCAGCUGAGGGUCUUCCAGCCCGCCCCCAAAGGUUCCAGGAAAGUCAUUCUCUCCACCAACAUAGCAGAAACAUCUGUCACCAUCUCCAGGAUCAAAUAUGUUUUAGACACAGGGAUGGUGAAGGCAAAGAAAUUCAACCCUGACAGUGGUCUGGAGGUGUUGGCUGUGCAGCGGGUGUCUAAAGCUCAGGCCUGGCAGCGGGCGGGUCGAGCUGGAAGAGAGGAUUCUGGCUUCUGCUACCGCCUGUACACCGAGCAGGAGUUUGACAACUUCAUCCCCAUGACUGUCCCCGAAAUCCAGAGGUGCAACCUGGCGGGGGUGAUGCUGCAGCUCAUGGCUCUGGGGAUUCCAGAUGUGAUGAACUUUGAUUUUAUGUCCAAACCGUCUCCCGAGGCGGUUCGGUCGGCAGUAGAGCAUCUUGAACUUCUUGGUGCUGUGGAGAGGAAGGAUGGGCAGGUUCUUCUCACUGCUCUUGGUAAAAAGAUGGCUAGCUUCCCCCUGGAGCCCAGGUUUGCAAAGACCAUCCUGAUGUCGCCCAACUACUCCUGCUCAGAAGAAAUCUUGAGCAUCGUGUCUCUCCUCUCUGUGGACACGGUGCUGUACAACCCUCCGGCCCGCCGCGACGAGGUGCUGGCGGCUCGCAGGAAGUUCACCUCCAGCGAGGGAGACCACAUCACUCUGCUCAACAUUUACCGAGCGUUCAAGAAAGUCAGCGGGAAUAAGGAGUGGUGCCGCGAGAACUUUGUCAACAGCAGAAACAUGGGUCUAGUCAAAGAGGUCCAAGCCCAGCUGAGAGAAAUCUGCCAGAAGCUGAGUUUAAAGCUGGAAUCCUGCGGGACGGACAUGACCAACGUCCGCCAGUGCCUCGCCCACGGGAUGUUUGUCAACGCUGCUGAGCUGCAGCACGACGGCAGCUACUUGGCCCUGGACACUCACCAGCCGGUCUCCAUCCACCCGUCCUCCGUGCUCUUCCAGGCCAAGCCGGCCUACGUGGUCUUCAACGAGCUGCUGCACACGUCCCGCUGCUACAUGAGAGACCUCUGCCUGGUGGACGCCGACUGGCUGGUGGAGGCCGCGCCCGACUACUUCGCCCGCAAACUGCACCCCACUAAAAGCUAGCGGGGGCAGGAUCACACAGGGAAUGCUCUCAGUCCGAUAUGGAACUAGUUUGGAAUAUUUUCAGAUGCCUCUACCUCCAACCUGACAGGCGCCUCUCUGUCACUGCAGCUGGUCUGUCACUCUCAGGCCGCCUUCACGCCACUCAACAACUUGAUGGAAACCUUCAGUCUGCUGAAGAAUGUUCACUGCGGAACUUCUCCUCAUCUGAAAUACAGAUUUUGCUACCCAACUGCAUAAUUCCUCCCAAUAUUUGCCAGUUUGUUCUGGCAUGGACCCAGGAACAUGAUUGUUGACACAGAGGGAGAGAUCAUCCACCAAAUGCCACAACUAAACAUGCUAAAAAAAGUAUAAAUGAGAUUAAAUGGAAAUGUAGUGCUAUUAUGAACUGACAAAUAACUACAGGGAAAGAGACUGACAUGAAAAACAGGCUGUUGAGCAGUUUUCUUCAUUUAUCUUUCAGUUAUCAUUUUUAUCCCUACUUUUUAAUUGAUUUAUAUAAGUUCCAGAGUCCAUUAUUUGCUGAAAAUAACCGCAUUGUGCUAUUUAAAAUGGUUUUCUUAAGCUUAACGCUGAAUUACUUUUUAAAGAGCCAUUCAAGUUGACUUUAUCUGAAGUGGCCUCACGGCAAAUGUAUUUCUUGACUGGCAUAUGUGAAGAAAUUCAUAUUACUAGAGAAACCAAAUGUUCAUGAUAAAUACAAACGUCGACGAAAUGUGUUCUGAUCUCAGAAGCUUUUCUACACAACAUCAGGUGUUGAUCUGCCCUACCUGGCUCGUCUCAAACCCCAGUGACACGGGUGUUGCCGUCUUCCUCCAGUGUUUUUAUAUGCAAACAAAGCAGUUUUGGCAUCUGCUCUGGUGUUGCAGUGAUGUGAGAGCAGCUUGGCUCUGAUACUUGAACCAAGAGAGUGCAGAGUAAAAGUCGACUCCGGCUUGUGCAUGCAAGUCCCCUCAGUCCAUGCAUGUCAAGAGUGGCAUGCUCCGGGUCUGUUGUCAGGUCGUAUGCAGUGCAUGCUGGUUACACUCUUUUUUUGUACUCUGGAAAUGGCACCUUGAAUUUUGCACCAUGAAAACCAAAUUGUACAAUAAAUCCACUGAAAUAUAUUUGUCUUCUUUAAAGAAGUUCUUCUCAGGACUGAUGGUAACCUUCUUUCACAUAACCUUUUUUUUAAAUUGAACUCACACUUCUAUUUGUCCUGCUAAUAAAAACGGAUUGCUUUAGUU